AUCUUUCGUGUUCUCUGCGGAUCGAGGCUGAAGCUAUUCCUAAAAGUCGUAGGUUAUCCAAGAAGAACCCCUCUUUUUGUUUCUUAAUCAGAUCUUUCUGUCGUAGUCAACUGUAACGAAGAGACUUUGAAGGUCCGGCCGCCGUGGUUGCCAUGGCGGAAUUAGUGAAGCAAACAUUGGCGAAGCCGAUCCAGCUAGCUGACCAAGUCGCCAAGGCCGCCGACGAGGCUAGUUCGUUCAAGCUGGAGUGCGGGGAGCUUAAAUCAAAGACGGAGAAGCUUGCUGGGCUGCUCCGCCAGGCUGCCCGAGCCAGCGCCGAUCUCUACGAGCGCCCCACCAGGCGGAUCAUCGUAGACACAGAGCAAGUGCUGGAUAAGGCUCUGUCCCUCGUGCUUAAAUGCCGCGUCAACGGCAUCGUCAAGCGCGUGUUCACCAUCAUACCUGCCGCCGCCUUUCGCAAAAUGUCGGCCCAGCUUGAGAAUUCGAUCGGGGACGUGUCUUGGCUGCUCCGCGUCUCAGCUCCGGCCGAGGAUCGGGACGACGAGUACUUGGGCCUGCCUCCCACAGCAGCGAACGAGCCAAUUUUGUGUCUCAUAUGGGAACAGAUUGCGGCUCUUCAUACGGCCUCGCUCGAGGACCGUUCGGAUGCAGCGGCUUCACUGGUUUCCCUUGCCCGGGACAACGAUCGGUAUGGGAAGCUGAUCAUAGAGGAAGGUGGGGUCGUACCCUUGUUGAAACUGAUCAAAGAGGGCAAACCGGAAGGGCAAGAGAACGCUGCCCGGGCGAUUGGGCUUCUGGGACGCGACCCGGAAAGCGUUGAGCACAUGAUCGUCGCGGGUGUUUGUUCGGUGUUUGUGAAAAUCCUCAAAGAAGGUCCCAUGAAAGUUCAGGCUGUGGUGGCUUGGGCUGUUUCCGAGCUCGUGGCUAAUUACCCCAAGUGCCAAGAUCUGUUUGCUCAGCACAAUAUAAUUCGGUUGCUGGUAGGCCACCUCGCAUUUGAGACUGUUCAAGAGCACAGUAAAUAUGCAAUUACUAGCACCAGAGCCACAUCGAUCCAUGCGGUUGUAAUGGCAAGUAAUAACCCAAACGCCAUGAAUAUGAACAAGGGAAUUGACGAGGAGGACCCAAACUUUCAGAGUCAAAUUCUUCACCCCAUGGGGAACAAGACGCCGAGUCAGAUGCACAAUGUAGUGACUAACACCAUGAUGAUGAAUCCCCCGUCCAAGCCACUCCAACCGCGAGGCAAUGUUUCAACUCAAACCAACCACAACAGUGCCACAAGCAAGGACCCAAACAAUGUGAAGCAGAAUCACCAAUCCCAUCAACCACACCACCAGCAAAACGUCUCUCUUUCUGGGUCUGGUUUGAAUCAUAAGGGUAGGGAAUUGGAAGACCCUGCUAUCAAGGCAAACAUGAAGGCAAUGGCAGCAAGAGCCCUUUGGCACCUUUCCAAAGGAAACCCAUCCAUCUGCCGCAGCAUCACUGAGUCAAGAGCACUGUUAUGCUUCGCUGUUCUUCUAGAGAAAGGGACCCAAGAUGUCAAGUAUAAUUCUGCCAUGGCAUUGGUGGAGAUCACUGCGGUCGCUGAGAAAGAUGCUGAAUUGAGAAGAUCUGCAUUCAAACCCAAUUCACCUGCCUGCAAAGCUGUUGUUGAGCAACUGCUAAAGAUCAUUGAGGAAGAAGAUUCAGACCUCCUUAUCCCAUGCAUCAAGGCUAUUGGGAAUUUGGCAAGGACAUUCAGGGUAACAGAAACAAGGAUGAUCGGCCCGUUGGUGCAGUUUCUCGAUGAGAGAGAAGAUGAGAUAUCCAAGGAGGUUGCAAUUGCUCUCACAAAAUUUGCCUGCCCAGAAAACUAUCUCUGCUCUGAUCACUCAAGGGCGAUCAUAAGUGCCGGAGGGCCAAAGCCCUUGAUCCAGCUGGUGUUUUUUGGUGAAAGGACGGUUCAAAUUUCUGCAUUGCCUCUCCUAUGCUACAUUGCUCUGCAUGUACCAGACAGCGAGGUACUUGCCCAGGUGGAGGUGCUCAGUGUGCUUGAUUGGGCUUCCAAACAAUCUCACCUCCUCACCCAGGAUGAAAAACUGGAAUCAUUGUUACAAGAUGCUAAAUGCAGGUUGGAGCUAUACCAAUCCAGAGGUCCAAGGACAUUCCACUGAUUCAGUCAAAACGGUGAUAUCUUGUUGCAGAGGAAAAAAAAAAAUUCCCUGUAAUUUUCACUGUUCUUUCUUUUCCUAUUUAAUAUCGUUCUAAUGGAGUGUAGAUACGUUUAAUUUCAUUGUCCUCUAUAAUUGCUAAGAAGCAUUUCAAACGA